UUGUUUUGUGAACAUUGAGGGUUGGAUGUGCCACUUUAAAUUGAAAGUUUAUUGUAUUUCGAUGUCAUGUGAAUUAUUUGACGGUCGGGUGCAUCCGUGUAACGUAAGGGCUUAUUUGACGUAGUGCCGUCAUGCAUCCUUUUUUUGGCUGAAAAUAUUGGUGGACAGUAAAUGUGAUGGUGGAAUCUGGAAUACUAGUUAUGCUCUGCAAUAAAGGUGCAUAGGGAGCUUUCAGCUUCUUUGUGGAAAUACAGGGAUGGAUUAGACCCAGGGUAACAUGUCUGCCAUAUGUGUACCCAGCAAGAGGAAAAUGCCAAGACCAAAACUAAACCCCCCAAAACCAGAUGUCAUAAAGGAUUUGGGAAAAGAGGCUGAAGGUAGUGGAAUGAAACCAUCCAAAAAUGAGGGGACAAGCUCUCAGAAAAUAAAGAGAACUUACUCCAGAAAAAAGUAUCAUGAUCUCCAGCCUGUGAUUAUGAGACCUUCAGAGGAUUCAGGCCAUGGUUCAUCUUCCAGUUCUGUAAUCGCAUCCAGUCUGAUCAAUGGUUUGGAAAGCCAACAUAUGCACACUGACCACACCAGCAGAAUGAUGGGGGAAAUUGAUGGAUCCAGUUCAGAUACUUUAAUAGAAACAGAUUUUAAAGCAAAGAAGCAGAAGAUUGAAGCUCACCAGCCCUCCUUAAAAAAGUACAUUGAGGAAGUAAAGCAAACAGUACCUGUUAUAGUUCCUGUUGCUCAGUUCACUCACAAGAAUCCGAUAACUGUGAGCACGCAGGAGCAGAAAUCAUCUCAGUGCACCAAGAAAGAGUCGCCUGUUUAUCCACCAGGAAGUCAGGAGGAGAAAUGGCAGCUGCAGAUUUUGGCCAAGGGUAGAGUGACCUGCCCCAAAUGCAAAAGUGUUGGAAGAAAGACAGUGGAUGGGUUAAAGAAGCACCUGGAAACCUGCAAACUGAAUCCUUUUACAUGUCCACACUGUGAGAAACAACUGAAAACUUCAACUGGAAUGAAGUACCACCUCAUGGCUGACCACAACAACUUGCCCAUUCCAGAUACUGGGAAUGACCUAGUUGACCAAGCAGUGAAGGAGAAACUACGGAAAGUACUAAAGAGGAUGGGGAAAUUAAAAUGUUCAAAAGAGGGUUGCACUGGAAGUUUUACUAGUAUAAUGGGUUACGUGUAUCAUAUGAAGAAAUGUGGCAAAGAGGCGUCAGAACUGGAGAAACUCUUAAUGAACUGCAAGCACUGUGGAAAAGCGUAUCGUUCUAGAGCGGGUCUGGAGUACCACCUCAAGAACGAGCACGGUCCGCCGGACCGAGAAAUUGAAGUAGAGGAAGCAAAGACACAGAAAGAGCCCGUCCCAGAGCGUACACCGAGCGGACGGGCCAAACGCUUGUCGGCGCAGGUGGCCGUGUUCCACCUGAGGGAGAUCGCCAGUGAGGAGCUGCUGAAGGAGUGGCCCAAAAGGAAAGUCCAGCGUGACCUGGUACCAGACGACAGGAAGCUGAAGUAUUCUCGUCCAGGGUUGCCUGCCUUCAGCCAGGAGACUCUUCGGAAGUGGAAGAAUGAAGUCAAACUGCAUAAAAAAGUGCAGUGUCCCAACAAGGGAUGUGGCUGCUUCUAUACCAGCGUGUCUGGUCUAAAGGCUCAUCUUGGGUUAUGUACCUUGGGUGAAUUUGAGACUGGGAAGUAUAAAUGCUUGAUAUGUAAGAAAGAAUUCAACUCUGAAAGCGGAGUCAAGUACCACAUCAAUUCCAUUCAUUCUCAGGACUGGUUUGUUGUUCGCUCCAAGUCUAAGAGUUCAAAGUUAGAUAAACUGCAUAAGACUCAGCUGAAGGAAGAUUCCAUGAAGCCUCCAGACCUUCCCUCACCAGAUCCAGCCCUCAGUUUUCCCCAGGUAUCCAACACCUGGCAGGACAGACAGACGUCAGCGAUGCCCACGUCAAGUGGAACCGCAACCCCUGGAAGAGUGGAAAUAAAGAGGAAGGAGGGCCAAAACAGAAGGAAGGAGGAAGAAAGCAGACAGGUGAAAGACUGCUAUGAGUUCAGCGGCAGUGACAGUCCGAGCGGCAGCAGCAGCAGCGAGAGCUCCAGCAGCGAGUCAGAGGACCAAUGGGCCCUCAGAAGGCCCCUCGCAAAGCCUGCGUCCAGCCAGAGACCUGGAGUUCAUUCAUAAAUCAUUCCUGCUCCUUUUACAAAAUGAAACUUCUCCUGUUUACCUCCAAAGAAUAAAGAGACACACUACCGUUCAAAAGUUUGGGGUCGGUAAGAUUUUUUUUUUUUUUAUGGUUUUGAAAUGAAUCAUCUCUUAUCAAUUGCUCACCAAGCCUGUAUUUAUUUGAUCAAAAAUGCAGUAAAAUAAUAAUAUUGGGAAUAUUAUUACAAUUUACAAUAACUGUUUUCUAUUUAAAAUAUUAUAAAAUAUAAUUUAUUCCUGUGAUGGCAAAGUUGAAUUUUAAAGUCUUCAGUGUGUCACAUGAUCGUUCUGAAAUCAUUCUAAUAUAUUGGUUUGCUGAUCAAGAAACAUUUUUCGUUAUCAACUUUUUUUCUCUUUUUUUAUGUGAUGAAUAGACAGCUCAAAAGAUCAGCACAUUAUAAAUGUCUUUACUGUCACGUUUGAUCAAUGUAAUGCCUCCUUGCUGAAUAAAAGUAUUGUUUUCUUUAAAAAAAAAGAGAAAAAAAAUCAUAUUAACUCCAAUAAAUGCAAACGGUAGUGUUUGUACUUGUAGGAUGUAGAAUUGUGUUUCCCUUUUUAUUGACAGGAAGAGCUUCAUAUAUUGAAAGGGCCACAGCAAACUUCUCUUAUAGAAAGUAAUAUCACCAUUUGACUUUAUUAUUUAUUUCAUUUUUGGAAUAAAAUAUUUUAAGUAAGUA